AUGUCUUCACCCAGCGCUUCUCCACCUUCCUCACCCGCUUCUACAUCCUCUACUUUGACGGAAGAAAGGUCAACUCGCACGAUGGCAGAUGUUGUUAAGGAUUUUGAUACGGAGGAGCUUAUCGAAUAUCUGCGGAAGAAGGACUUGAAGCUUAAGGAAUCCCACUUCAAAAUUUUUCGGCAGGAAGAAAUUUCUGGUCUUGACUUUCUUGAGACGACAGAAGAAAAAUUCCGCAGUUAUGGUCUGAAGGGAGGGCCUGCUACAAGACUGGCAAAAUUCAUUGAGGGUCUCGAACAAAAAUUAAGAACCUAUUCAUCGUAUAAAACUCUGGACGACUUGAAAGAAAUGCUACGUAAGAAUAAAGUCAAUGGGGAGGAUAUAACAAAUAUCAAGCAGUUCACACCUGUGUUUGAGGAAAUAGACGAUAAUAACAAAGCAUUCAGCCACUGUAUGGAUGAUAUAAUCCUAAAAUUAUCAAACGUAGAGACUAUGACGAGCGAGCGAGCAUUGAAGAGACCUCGUAUUGAUAGAACUGCUACCAUUUGCCAGAAACUAAUACCUAAAUUUGAAACUAUCCCGACCCGAGCAGAUCAACUCGAACCUUUUAUAAAUGCACAACUUCUUUGCAAGUUGCCGGCAUCCAAGCACGAGGAGGAGCAGUACCCCGAGCUUUUGGAACUGGUCUACACAAACGAAGAUGACAGUUACAGUGAUUUGGCCAGCCAUGUUUCUGUAGUGCUAAGUAGACAGUUUAACGACAAUGUCUCGGAUAUUGAAAGUGAGGAUGAUCUGCAUCACGUCAUAGAUAGUUUGAUCAAAGACACACUUUGUCUGUUUAGUCGUAAUGCCGUGCCUGGAAGCCUAGACCUUUUGAUUCGUUGCAACACUGUAGAUAGGGGGUGGACAACCACAACAAUAGGUACUUGUCGACCAGAUUUUCUUGUUCACCAUAAAAAUGUUCUCGUGCUCAAGGGUGAAGAAAAGGCUACUCCAAAUUCUUUCCACGAAGCUUUGGGUGAUCUCACGGAUAAGUUUGAUAAGCUUGAUCCUCUUUUUUUUGGCGAUCAACAAUUUCUUAUCUGCUAUGCUGUGGCUGGAUGGAAAAUUGGCUUCUAUGCCAUUGAUGGUACACCACAGGCCACAUCGAAGCCAAGCCGUUUAAUCACUCUGUCACCUCAAUUUGACCUCCGGAAAGUUGUGGAUCGGAUCACUGUUAUUUCUGUGACUAUUAACAUAUUGCGAAUUUUGGUGACAAUAGGACCUUAUCUUCCCAAUGAUGUUAUCCCCCUUUAUAUACCGAUUCAACAAGCUUCGGGUUCAACAAUUACAUUCUACGAUGACUCAGUUGUGAAGGAGCUUAGUUUCCAAUAUCUUCCAUACGUUGAUGGCAGUCUGAAGGAGCAUAUUGCAUUUCUAAGAGAAAUGUAUGCUCAUGUGAAAGGAUGUUUGAAUCUUGUUCAGCUCAAAAAACGACCUAUCAAAGGUCGCUCGACAUACAGCUUGAUUAUGACUACGCGUGGUAUUCGAAGGUUACCAUGUAACGAGACCGAGUUGCGUUCAAUGGUAAGAAGCUUACUUGUUGGGCUGGACUGUCUGCACAGCGGCAAUUAUGUGCAUCGUGAUAUUCGAGAACCCAAUGUCCUGUUUGUGCCUGAAAACCCUGCUGGUUCGAAAUAUGUACUUAUAGACUUUGAACAUGGAGGUAAAGCUAAUGAGAAGAUGAAUGAACGAUUAAGUGAUUGGGACCAGAGGACCCUUUCCAACAACCAAUAUACUACAUUAUCUGACAUAUACCAGUUGGGGAAACUGAUAGAAAAGCUUGUGAUGCACUUUCAAAUGUCAAUUUCAGAUAAUGGAAAGACUUUUGUGAAGAAAUUGAAGGAGAAGAAAAUGAAUGCUACACAGGCGCUUCAACAUGCAUGGAUCACAGAUGCAAACUUUCCAUAA